UUCACUGAUGCGUUCUGCGCGUGUAUAGAAGCGACUGAUUCGUCACUUCGUAUAACACGUAGCCUCGCAUCUAUACAAUAGAGCGAGCAGGUGGCAUUCAGAACUUUAUCAUUUCGCAGUGGGUGGGUGUUCCUAGUUUGCACUGUAGCCUAGGCUGUAGAGACGCGCGAAUAGGUUACUGAGAGGGGAUCCAAUAGACUGUCCUGACUACACAGUAUACCGGCUAAAUGCCCAGCACCUGCAACUGUCUUCACACGACCUUCAGUCUUGUCCUGGUAUCUGCACAAAGUAAUACAUUAAGGUAAAAAGAACGGCACACGGCAAUGAGCUCCUCUCUUCCCAAGAGCGAAUCUACGACCUCUCUGUUGAGAUCCUCAGCGGUACCGGUGAGUCGCAGAUCCGCACAUCAUUCCGAGCAUCAUGGGUCGCGCAGCCACCGCAGUCACCAUCAUCAACCCGAAGGAGGUAGCGGUGUACCUGACGAGCCGUGUUGGAGCGAUGAGUGCGAGGCAAGCGCGCGCAGACCGCUUUGUCAACCGAGGCAUGCCGGUGGCAGGACAGACAGGAAUGGAAGUGAUAAACGGGGACAUUCCCACCACUUCCAACAACACAGCAACCACUACGAUGACGGCUACAGACAGGAAGAAAUGAGAGAGCGGAUGGAUCGCAGUGGGAAAGACCGCAGUAAGUCGUCCAGACACCUCCACCCACACCACCACCAUCACAACACCUCCAAAUGUGACCUGCCGCCUGCGCAUCACCACGGGAACGCACGUCCGGACCGGAGGUCCUCGCCAACUCCAUCCCAUACAAAACAAUCCGACGAAACUGCGUACUUUUUUGAAUCAAAGGACAGAAUAAUUGCUGGGUCGUCCACGAGUUUAAACUCUGACCCACCGGUAUCGUCCACGCCAGUGCCCGGUCCCCUUACCAGCCGCACCGCCAAAAGACUCAGCACAGCUCCACCUGAACAUGACUCCAAUCUGCAUCCGAUAGUGAAAUCAGUCUUCGGGCAGGAUAGAGAGCUGAGGCCGGAGGAGAUGGAUGAGUUGCGCGAGGCUUUUAAAGAGUUUGACAAAGACAAAGAUGGCUUCAUUGGCUGUAAAGACCUAGGCAACUGCAUGAGAACCAUGGGCUACAUGCCUACUGAGAUGGAGCUGAUAGAACUGAGCCAGCAGAUCAACAUGAACUUGGGAGGACAUGUGGACUUUGAGGACUUUGUGGAGUUGAUGGGGCCCAAACUUCUGGCUGAAACAGCAGAUAUGAUCGGGGUCAAGGAGCUAAGGGAUGCUUUCAAAGAGUUUGACACAAAUGGUGAUGGCCAGAUCAGCACAUCUGAACUCAGAGAAGCAAUGAAGAAACUUUUAGGUCAACAGGUUGGUCAUAGAGACCUAGAGGACAUCCUACGGGACAUUGACCUGAAUGGAGACGGCCAUGUCGACUUUGAAGAGUUUGUGCGCAUGAUGUCUCGCUGAGUGUAGGUCAUGAUACCGACUGGUUCCUUUCCUGGUAAGAGAGGAGGAGAAGGAGAAGAAGAAGUGAAGGAGAGGCAGAGAUGGCAGAGCCCUUACCGACAGACCUCUUACCUCAGACUUCUGAACUACAGAAGGAGAAAACGACAUAUCAACCCCGCUCUGCUACUGCCACUUUUGAAGACAUGCACAGAAGCUGAAGGAACAACACCAGUGAUCACGAUGAUGCUGUUACUGCUGUCCCUAAGAGCAAAUCAGAACAACAGCCAGCCUCCCACAGUUUUACAUUGUACAUUUCAGAUAUUAGAGAAAACAUAUCUAGGUGUUUACAGGGUCUAAAGAGCAAUGUGAUGUUUGAGCUACUUACACUCAUUGCAAUGGUUUGUUAAUGCUGUAGCAAUGUAAAGGAGACACAUUUACAUUUUCAACACUUUCUUACUUAUGCCAACGUCUCCUAUAACUAGUCUAAAGCAGCAUAUUCCCCUCUGGGGCUUUGGACUCAUAAAAUAAACGUUUUAGUGGCAAUAUUAUUAUAUCAGUGUACCAACUCUCAAAAUAUGUAUUGUUUGUGUGUGCGUUCAUGUGUGUUUGUGCACCUCAAUUAUCCUUUCCUGUAAGAUUUCAUAUGUCUUAAGCUACUGUACGGUUAGUGUCAAACCCAUGGCAUAUGCUGGCUCUAUCUUGAAUUACAUGCCAUGUAUUACCACGGAUGCACUUUUUGAGAUUUUAUUAUUAUCAACACAUAUCGAGUUACAUUAUACGAGUUUUGAACAUAGAUGGGUACCUGCUUUGAUAAAUGGAAGGUCUGUUUCUCGAGAACCGAAUACUCUGGGGAAUGCGGUAGCAAUCAUAAUUCAUUGGUUUCUUCGAGCCAACCCAAUACACAGUUUUGCACAUUUUUUUGCAUGAAUACUAAGAAUGCAUGCUCCACUUAUGAUUUAACCAGACACACUGUCACUCCCCAUGCAAAUAAACAAUGUGCACCACGAACAAACAUACACACAGUAUAUUAUUGUGGUGAUCAACAUAACACUGAAACCUGUGUGAGAAUGUGUGUGUGUGUGUAUUUAUGUACUGAUGAGAGUGUUUAUGUAUGAGUGCUUGUGUAUUUUUUUGUGCGAGUCUCCCUUAGGGCAGUCUUAUUUGUGACUUUGCAUGUGUCUUCCUUGUGUGAUUCUAUGCAUGCCAAAUAGUAAAACAAUUUGUAGCAUAGUAGAUGAGAAUAAAGAUUUUUGUUG